AAACGAUCAGCGCAACGGGUGCACUAUUGACUCAGCAUCCUGUGCUAACCUCAACGUCUAACGUGCGCCAUGGAGGUCAUCUCUGCUCCGACGCGACUGAUGUAUUCUCCAUCCUUCCCUCCUCAAGUUAACGUUAACAGAACUUCAAUUGCAUCAAAUAUCAAAAACCCAAGUUGGGUUUCUCCCAAAUCCGUUUAUUUCCAGAGAAAUUAUAAAAAGAUUGGACCUUUUUGUACGAAAUGGGGUUUAAAUGUCAGAAAUGAAGGGUUUGUUGAAGGAGAGAGAAGUGGUGUGAGCGAUAGGGACGGUGUGAUUAUCGUCGAUCACGGAUCCCGGCGCACUGAAUCCAAUCUCAUGCUCAAUGUGUUCGUAGAGAUGUUUAGAGAUAAAACUGGGUACCCGAUUGUGGAACCUGCUCACAUGGAGUUGGCGGAACCAUCAAUCAAAGGCGCAUUCGAUUCAUGUGUGCGACAAGGGGCAAAUCGGGUUAUCAUCAGUCCAUUCUUUCUCUUCCCCGGUAGGCAUUGGCACCAGGAUAUUCCAUCUUUAGCAGCUGAAGCUGCAAAGGAGCAUCCGGGUGUCUCGUACAUGAUAACGGCACCUCUUGGCCUGCAUGAGUUGAUGGUGGAUGUCAUGAAUGGUAGAAUCAAGCACUGCUUGAGCCAUGUAGCUGGAGAUGCAGAUGAAUGUGCUGUUUGCGCCGGGACAGGUAGAUGCCGCCUGCAUUGACUAAAUGAAGUGAGAUUUUUGGUGGUGUUUUGUAAGUGGGCCACACGGGAGAAGAAAAUGGACGCCAAUGAUAUCCAUCUCUGUGAGAAUAGGAAGCUGGGAAUAAUGGAAAGUGACAGCAUAUGCAAUUUUGCCCUCUUCUAUUCUUGGAUAUUCUAUUCA